AUGAGUUAAAGUAAUAUAGAUUAAUAGAAUGAUAGUGGAAAUAAGCUAUUACAAAGAGCCAUUUUAAAUAAUAACAAUUUAUAAUAAACUCCUAGUCCCUUACCUUUUUUCGAUGAUAGCCUGUUGUUUAACUAGGAUCCAUUUUAGUAGUAUAUACCAAUAAGUGAAAUCAAAUAAGAAGACAACAAUUUUUCAAAACUUUUAGAAUCAAAUAAUCAAUCAUUAAAUAAUACUAGAUCUUACUAGGAGAUCAAUGAAUAAAAAAAAGUAUAGCCAUUUGAAAAUUACAGUAAUUAAUCAUAAAGCCAAAUUUCAGAUGGAUUAGACUAAAAUAUUAAUCACAUGACUAUAUACUGCAAUUAGAGCUUAAAAAGUUUUGGGUAUAGCUAGCUAGGCAAUCUAAUUAAUCCAAGAUAAGAAGAUAUAAUGUAAACUUUAAAUUCAGUUUAUGAAUUACUAUAGUAGAGGUAAAGGGACAUGGAAUUUAGAAGUUCAAUAGCAGAAAAAAGCGCUAAAUUAGAAUAAAACUACAAAAUAUCCCAAGAAAAAAACGAAAAAUAUUAGGUUGAAGCAGCAAAGAUGAAGAAAUAAAUUGGUAGCUUAGAAAAUUAAAUAACAACGAUAGAAAGUAAAACAAAAAAAGACAUACAAAAAUUGACUUUAGAGAGAGAUGAACUUUAGAAGAAUCUACAAAAAUUACAGUAAAAGUCAAAUUAGAUGUAAAAUGAAAUCAGGAAGAAAGAGAGCGAAACAAAUAGGGUCAAAGAAUAAAUGAAAAAAUUGACAUCUGAUAAAUUUGAUAAAAACUCUGUGUUCAGAAACACAAUCGAUUUAAUAUCCUAACACGCUGGAUGCAACAAUACAAACAACAGCCAACACCCUCAAAAGCCUUGGAAAAAUAAUGCGAGUGAAGAAUUUGCGGACUGUAUAAACUAGCAAGCUAUUCAAUUUAACAACAAACUUUUAUCCGAGAAUCAGGCUUUUCGCAAUACACUAAUCUAGCUAAAUAAUGACUUAAAUAACUUUAUAAAAUAGGCAAAAGAAGAAUACAUACGUAAGAAGAUUAAGGAAGAAGGAGACAAAGAUGAAAAUUUAAAAGAUUAUUACCAAUAAAAACUGCCAGAUAUUGAUUUGAUCUACUUCAAAGAUGAUUGUUUAAAUUUACCUUACGAAAGAGUAGGGUCUAUGGUUGUUGAUAUUUUUAAGGAAAAUUUUAAAGUUAUAAAACUUUUUUUGGCUUCAAUAUCGUCAUUAAUAUACAGCCACAACUAUUACCAUGAACUCGGUAAGGAAUUAGAUAAGAUUAAAGAAAAUCUUCUGAAAAUAAGAAAUAAUAUUGACGUCACUAAAAUACUAUUCACAGAUAAAUCAGUUUAUCAAUCAUCCUACACAGUGGAGGGAUUUGAUAACAAUAGUAAUUUAAAUUAGAAGAAUGAUGCAAAGAAAAACUAUAUUGAAAUUACAGAUUUUAAAUAAGGAAAUACUGAAGGUGAUUAUACCUUAUAAUCUAGCAUUCCUCAAAACACAAGAACUUAAUCCUCAAAUAAAUCCUUAGCUAAAAACACUAUUAACAUAAUUAAUAACAAUACCAAUUCAACUAACAAUCCGAGUACACCUUCACUUUAAAAAAACUCCUCUACAGGUAGAAAUGUAUCACAGAACAGGGGAUAGGCUCAAGAUAAAUAAAAAACUAACAUAAGCAAAUAAAACAAUUAGAGUAACAACAAUAAUUAAAAUAGCAAUAGCUUAAAUUUAAUAAAAAAAGACUCCUAAGUGUAACAGAGCAGAGAAACUGAUAAUAAGAUAGAAGAAAAAUAUUUGAAUAGCUAUAAAAUUGAGUAAAUGAUCAAAGAAAAAUUGAAUGCACGAUUAAAAACUCCUCUUCUCUAAACCACCUCUCAACAAAAUUCUUCUCAAAUGAAAAAUGAAAAUAAGAUCAAUAACGAUGACAUUAGCCAAAUUAAUAAGAACAAGCAUUUAAGAGAGAAUUUACUUUCAGAUAGAUCAAAUUUAAAUGAAUUAGAGGCUUUUUUAUCGAAUUAUUAAUAUGAAAAUUUUAACUUUAAUUAGGAGUCAGAUAAAACCAAUCACACAAACAAUAAUAACAACAACAAUAAUAACGAUUUGAGUUUAUCUUUUGUGAGCAGAGUCUCAUUUCGAGACGUACCUUAUGGAGGAAUUGAAUUUGAUGAGAAAAUGAUAGAAGGGCUAGGAAUAAAUCACCGAGAAAUUGUAAAAGGGGGAGUAGAUCCCAAGAUACAAUUUGACAUGAAAAAAUGGUAAAAUAUACUUAGUGCUAGCAGCAGCGAUGCAAACUUAUUAAAUACAUAAAAUACACAAAUAUAAUCUUAAAAUGACCAAAAGUCCUCAGUAGUUUUAAAAGAUUUGAAUCAAGGUGGAUAAUAGCAACAGCAUUUGCAAACUUUAAAUGGGGUAGAUGCUAAUAUAAAUAGAAAUGUAAGUAAAAAAUGA